UCAGUGGGCGAUGGUGUGGGGAGUGCGCAUGAGUCGGGACGUGAUGUCUCGCGGGAAUCGAACAUAGCCUCCAACGUCAUUUGGAGAUUCUUUUGUGAAGAAGACGGUGUUUGUUUUGUUGAAAAUUUUUCCCAAAAACCCAACAAUGAACGACAACUUGGAGGACCCCCACGUGAACGCCCUUCCAACCGACAACUUGGACGAUGGAAACCAGCGCUGUGAAUCUCCAAAACGUGGAACAACCCUCUCAACAAGCACAAGUUCCUUCGAGGCCCUAGACCCCCACGACCCCAACCUGAGUCGCCUAGCCAACGCAAUGUUCCAGAAGACUGGGGAGUACCUGCAGAAGGAGUUGACAGCAACCCACGCAGACUAUCGUCUCCUGGAACGAUUGAACAAAGAAGCAAUAGCCAAAUACGCUGAACUAAAGACAAUAUCGUGCAAUGUGUCCCAGUCUCUGGAUGCAUUGAAUCAAAAAUACAAAAAACUGCAGCCAGUGCUGGAGAAUAUCAAUCAAAUCGACGACAGUGUCGCUAAAUUGGAGCAGGCUGCUUACAAAUUGGCUGCCUAUUCCAAGAGACUAGAAGCCAAGUUUAAGGAUUUAGAAAAAGAGAACAGAAAUAAAUGAAAAUGAGGGGAGAGAGAGGGAUUUCUUUAGAAUUUUGUCAUUCCUGAAAACUGCAUUAAUUGAUAAAAGGGGAUCAUGAGACAAAAUUAAUGGGUACGAUCCUAUUUUGUAUUAUUUAUGUUUAUAAGUGUUAAAUCAUCAUGUAAAUACGUGCAUUGAGAAUUUAUUAUUUCAAAUGUACGUUCUGGUUGAAUUUAAGGAUUUAUAUAAAUUAUUGUGGACAUAAUUUAAACUUUUCUGUAAAUAAAAUCGUGGAAAAUUAUA